AUGGAUUGGCAAACGAUCGAGGAUCAGUGUCUGAAAGCCAACAAAUUUUUCGGUCAGCUUGUUGGUGUGUGGCCUAAUCAAGAAAAAUUCACGAAAAUUAUUAUACGAUUUGUCAUAUUUAUUAUUAUUAUUACCACAAUUACAGCUCAGAUAUCACGGGUAGUAGUAUUUUAUAGUUUGGAGGUAUUGUCGGAUCAGAUGCCGUAUCUCGAUAUAGGAUUCGUCAUUUUAAUCAAGCAGUACAAUUACGUUCUGAACGAAAAGAAGUUGAAAGGACUUCUAAACGAUAUUGUGGCCGACCGGCUAAUAGAACGACCGAAGGAGGAAUUAGAGAUUUUGGAUAUCUACUCCAAGAAGGCAACAUUUCUUUCCUGUUUAUACCAAGUUAGCAUAUCUUUUUGUGCGUUUAUGUUCGUCCUUCUACCGACUAUACCACCUAUCCUGAACGUCGUCGCACCCCUGAACGAGUCACGAAGUCGCGAAUUCAUCUACCCAUCCUAUUAUUUCGUGGAUGAGCAGCAGUAUUACUAUCCCAUACUUGUGCAUAUGAUAAGCGUGGCGGUAAUACUCACAAGCGUUUAUAUAGCCUGUGACAUCAAUUUGGUUCAUGUCGUGCAUCAUGGUUGCGCCUUGUUGGCCAUUAGUGGGUAUCGUUUCAAGCACGCAAUGGAUAACGUGAGCUUUUCCAAUGAAAAGUACCUGGACGUGUUACUAGAUGAAACCCAUGCGAAAAUAAGCAGAUCCAUCGAUGCUCACAAAAAGGCCGUUGAAUAUGUGGAUAAAGUUGACGCCUGCCACGUGCACUACUUCUUCAUCAUAUUGGGUCUGAUAAUCGUAACAUUUACAUCCACGUUCGUGCGGUUGUCGACGAUGGAAAUAGGAGUCAGAUACUUCACAUUCUGCGCGUUCACUCUUAGCCAAAUGACUCAUCUUUUGUUUUUGACGAUAAUGGGACAGUUUCUGAUAAAUUCCAAUGAUGAGACCUUCCAGGCAAUAUGUGAAGCCAAAUGGUAUAAUGGAUCGUCGAAAACGCAAUCGUUAUAUCUAUUGGUGUUGCGAAAGUGUUUGAGCCCGCCUAAACUAACUGGUGGAGGAGUAAUCUCUUUGAAUUUGGAGAGCUUUGUACAGGUUUUAAAAGCAUCUUUCUCGUAUUAUACAGUGUUUAGAUCUGCAUAAAUUGAAGAAAGAACAGCGCGAAUUGGAUGGUUCGAAUUUAUCGUUACAUGCAUUCAAGUGAAAUUCUUUCUUCAAAUGUUGACAAUAUU